CUGGUCAAGGACUACGGAAUCACCACCGACAACGUCCUCCACUUGGUCCUCAAGCUCUCCGACCUCCUCCUCAUCACCGUUCGCACCACCUGCAGCAAGGAAUUCGAAUUCCGCGUCGACCGGUACCGAAAUGUCGGAUACCUAAAACACCGCAUCUUCCAAGAGGGCAAGGGUUUCGUCGACGUCGACGAGCAGGAAAUCUUCUACAACGGUCAGAGACUCGAUGACCAGCGCCUCAUCGACGAGAUCCGUGACACCAGAGCCGCAGACGCCGCCGCGAUUCACCUCCUCGUCCAGAAAAUCGCCAAGGUCAGAGCCCAGCCGCUGAACAGAGAUUUCGAGAUCUCCGUCGCCGCCGCAACAAACCCUAAUCAAAAUCAGAACCAGAACCAGAAGCAGAAUCAGGAGUCGUCGAUUGAGGCGCCAAAUCAGGAGCAAGCUGGGCAAGGGUUCGUAUCCGUGUUCAAGCCCAGCGACGAGGAGCCUAAUGCGGUGAACAACCCGCAGGGACUGCCGGUGUCGACCAACAGGGAAGGGUUGAAAAGAGGAACAAGGGUAGGGGAAGGUGCGAUUAGAGAAGUUGCCGCUUACAUAUUGGAUCGUCCCAUUGACGGACCGAGGGGUCUGAACAAUGAAGUGAUGGGGUUUGCAGGUGUGCCGCCCACCAUUGUUGUUCAGUGUUUGCACAAAGGGUUCCAUCAUCCUGAAGGGUUCGAGUACUCUGCCAAGAAUGUGAAGAUGUGGUGGUGGUUGUAA